CAUCCAUCCCUCAAAAUCGAACCAGUUGGAUCUCCGUCAACGGAAUCCGCCAUGAGUCUGGCACUUCUCCAAGGCUAUUCUUCAGCCGAAGAAGAAGCUGAAGACAACGCUGUAUUCAACCACACCUCUUCCGACGAUGACGACGAAGACCUUGCCGCCGCCUCUUCAGUUACCUUCAAUCUUUCCAUACGCGACAAGUCACUUUUCGAACUUCCGCAGCCCUCCUCUCAUCCCGGCCUGCCUUCCGCUUUCGACGCUUUCUCCGAAGUUUCAGGACCGCCGGAGUUUCUAAAUAAUUCGGUUGAGGAGUACGCUGCACCGAGAGAUGUCGAUCAGCCGCGAGGGGGCCAUGGGAGCCAUAGGAAUUGUAAGGAGAAGAAAGAUUUGCCUACUGGUGCUGUAGUGGAGGCAAAAGCUCAAUUAGUUGGGAUUCAUGAGCGAGUGAGGAGCGACUUUGAGAGUAAUCAACUAUCAAAUUCAUCUGUAUCAAACACAACACAGCAAGGCAAGCGCAUGGCAACUGCAGCCAAUCCAAAUGCUGAAGAUGCUGCAGAGCUACUAAGAAUGUGCCUGCAUUGUGGCAUUCCCAAGACCUUUUCGAAUGCACGAGGAAUGUUUUGCCCUCUAUGUGGCGAUCGUCCUCCCGAGCCAGACGGUGAAACCAAAAAGAAGGGAUCUACUGUGAAAGACAAGGAAAAGAUCAAGAGAAUGAGGGGACAGUCGUCUCAUGCUUCUUGGAAGAGUGAAACAGAAAUGCAUCUUAGACAACAGUUUGAUUAAGAGUAUUUCAUGUAUGUCUUUGAGCUCUUGAAUACUUGUGAUAGAUAGUGUACCAUCAUUAUUCAUACUAAUCUGUGACAUUAAGAU